AUGACAUCCAGAUGCAAAGAAAAAUCCCACCCCAGCAGCACAGUCAUGAAGUCUGAAACACAUUGCCCCAGUAGCAACCCCGACUGGGCAACUGCAAUCAUGGAAAAUGAUGCAUCCAAGUCCCCGAAUAGUCAUAAAAAUGCCAGCCUGAGUUUAUUUCUCAGCAAAGCAGCAUGUAAAGACGCCGGUGCCACAGUCACCGCUGAGAUCCAGGGGGUGAUUGACGCCUGUGUGAAGCUGACCGGGAUGCCAGACCUCACCCUGGGGUCCUUCAUGAACCCCAGAUUGCUGGACGACAUUAGCUUCCAUCCCUGUGUCCGUUUCAAGCGCUGGGAAUCUGAGCGCAUCCUCUCCUUCAUCCCUCCUGAUGGCAACUUUCACCUGCUCUCCUAUCACGUCAGUGCACAGAACCUGGUUGCAAUUCCAGUCUAUGUCAAACAUAGUAUCAGCUUCCGGGACAGCAGUUCACUUGGAUGCUUUGAAAUCACAGUGGGACCGAAGCAGACCAUGGGAAAGACAAUAGAGAGUGUGAUUGUCACCAGCCAGAUGCCCAAAGGAGUCCUGAAUAUGAACCUCACUCCAUCCCAGGGGACACACACGUUUGACCCCGUGACAAAGAUGCUGUCUUGGGAUGUAGGAAAAAUAAACCCACAAAAGCUGCCAAGUUUGAAGGGGACAAUGAGUCUUCAGGUCGGAGCUUCUAAGCCAGAUGAGAACCCCACAAUUAACCUACAGUUUAAGAUCCAGCAGCUGGCCAUUUCUGGACUCAAAGUGAACCGUCUGGAUAUGUACGGAGAGAAGUACAAGCCCUUUAAGGGCAUCAAAUACAUGACCAAAGCCGGGAAGUUCCAAGUUCGAACCUGAAGGACACAGGUCA